AUGAAGCUUCUCAGCAUUGCCUCUACAAUUAUUUGUACUUUUCAGUUGGCUUCUGCCGACUGGCAGUAUCGUUCCCGGUCGGACUUGGCACCGCCAAGACUCAACAUCACUAUUUCAGCUGAAGGGACUUCCCCAGGUUACCUUUUUGUUGCUCCUUUCAGUGGAUUUCCCGAUGUGGGUAAUCUGCAUGGUCCCAGGCAAGCAGCACCAUACAUUUUCACUGAUAAAGGAGAACUUGUUUGGUCUGGCUUCAGCUACUUUUCCAUCUGGGCCACCAACUUUCAAGCAGGGCGCGUAAAUGGUGAGAAUGUGCUAUUCUCUUUUGAAGGCUCGCACAACCCGGGUUACGGACAUGGACAUGGCCACAUAACAUUUCUUGAUGAAAACUACGAAACAGUAAAGGAGUUAAGAGCUGGAAACCACAAGAUAAUUGACAAGCACGAGUUUCACAUCAUAGAUGAGAAGACUGGUUUGGUUCAAAUUUAUCAGCCCGUUCCAUACGACCUUAGUCCAUAUGGAGCCAGCAAGAAGCAGCAAUGGGUAGUCAAUGCCAUAUUUCAGGAAUUGGAUAUUGAGACGGGAAAGGUGUUGUUUGAGUGGUCUUCAUUGGAUCAUGUCUCACCUUACGAAUCGGUUUUGCCUAUUAACGAAGGACAGGCGGGAGCAGGAUUCAACUCCAGCGAUGCAUGGGAUUAUUUCCAUAUAAAUUCUGUUGACAAGGAUAAGGAGGGAAACUAUCUAUUGUCCGCGAGAGACGCUGCUGCUCUUUAUAAGAUUGACGGUAAAACUGGAGAAGUGAUUUGGAAAUUGGGCGGCCUUCCGGGUAUCACUACAUCAGAUUUCAAAUCUGAGAAGAACUUGACGUUUUCGUUUCAGCACCAUGCUCGCUAUUUGCGCACAUCAGAGGAUGGUAGCAAGCAGAUUAUUUCGUUUUUUGAUAAUUCCGCCCAUGGAACCGAGAAUAAGAACGGAAAACAGGUUCUGUAUAACAGUGCAUCGAGCGGGAAGAUUGUCGAAGUCGAUACAAAAAACAAGAAAGCGACCCUUUUGUUCAAUGGUGUUGCGCCCUAUGGCUUGUUGGCAAAGUCACAAGGUUCAACUCAGGUUUUGCCCAACGGUCAUGUGCUCGUUAACUGGGGCUCAGAAGGAGCUAUUACUGAAUUUGACUCUGAAGAGAACCCUAUCUUUCAUGCAUUUGUUGAUUCAGGCUCUUUGGGUGAACACGCUGAAAACUAUAGGGCAUUCAAGUUCAAUUGGACUGGAACUCCUCAUGAGAGCAUUGCCGUGGCUUCAUAUGUUACCGAUGGAGGUUCGAAUAUCUAUGUGAGUUGGAACGGCGAUACUAGAACAGAAGAAUGGGAAGUGUUUAGCGUGGAUUCCAACGGUGACAAAAAUAAGGUGUCUACGGCAAAGAGAAGUGGAUUUGAAACUAAAAUUCACUUACCGGGAGAGAUUUAUGAGACAGUUGUGGUUCAAGCAUUUGACAAAAACCGCAAAUUCUUAGGAGAGAGUGCACAAGUGAAAAUUCAAGAUGAAAUCCUUCCGUACCGCGAAGCAGAAGUAGAGACUUUUGUUGACGAUUUGCAGCCAGUUCUUCUGUGGAAACAAACUUACUUUGAUUGGAGAAAAUUGAGUUUUUAG